AUGGAGGAAGAAAUGGUGUCAAUUGAAGGAGGAAAUGGGCGCGAAAUUGUGAUAGUCGGUGCCGGAGUUGGUGGACUUGCUACUGCUCUUGCUCUUCACAGGAAAGGAUUCAAAGAUGUGACAGUUUACGAAAGAUCGGCGAGUUUGAGAGUAGAGGGAACAGCAGUUGGGAUGUAUGCUAAUGGAUGGCGAGCACUGGAUCAGCUUGGAGUUGGAAAUCAACUCAGAGAGAAGGCUAUUCUUCUUCAAGGGACUGGAGAAUUCCGAUGCUUAAAAAGGAAGGAUUUGGUAAACGCCCUUGCUAGUGCUUUGCCUCCUGAUACCAUAAAAUUCGGGUACAAUGUGGUUGCCAUGAAAAUGAAUCACAAAACUAUGUCCCCAGGUCUUCAAUUCGAUGAUGGAAAGGUUCUUCAACCUGAGGUUUUGAUUGGAUGUGAUGGAUCAAAUUCUAAAGUAGCCGAAUUUCUUGGAUUGAAACCGGCAUCGUUGUUUAAUACUCUUGGUGCAGUUAGAGGCUUGACAAACUAUCCAAAUGGUCAUUCAUUACGUCCUACAUUUGUUAGAAUGAGAAGGCAUAAGAGAGAUGGAACUUUGAUAGGACGUCUUCCUAUCACUGAUAAGUUGCUAUAUUGGUUUGUAGUACUGUCCCGGCUAGAUGGGAACUUUCCAUAUGAUCCGAAACUUGUAAAACAGGCAACCUUGGAAAUGAUUAAGGGCUUUCCAGCCGAGGCGGUUGAGAUGGUAGAAAUGAGUGACCUAGAGUCGUUGUCCUUCACACAUAUAAGAUACCGGCAUCCAUGGGAGAUACUAGUUGGGAAAUUUCAGCAAGGAUCAGUGACAAUACUUGGGGAUGCGAUGCAUUUAAUGCCGCCAUUCACAGGGCAAGGCGCCUCAUUUGCCUUGGAAGAUGCAGUGAUUCUUGUGAGGAAUCUCAGUAACAAGAUUAGCUCUCUUGAUCAAUCGGAAGGAGGACAACAGAUCAUGAGCCACAAGAAUAUUGCUGGAGCAUUUGAACAGUAUGUUAAGGAGAGAAGGAUCAGAAUUCUGCAAAUGUCCACGCAAACUUACCUAAUUGGUGUGAUCUUGGAUACCAAAUCAUUCUUGGCCAAACUCAUUGCUAUUAUCAUGUUGCUUAUCCUAUUCAGAGAUCAAAGCAAACAUACUAGAUACGAUUGUGGCAAACUUUAA